CAAAUCCCACACACCUUUCUCUUUCUGGACGGCUGGUAUUACUAAUAUUGUUAUUCAGUAUUCAGAAUUCAAACAUGGUUUAGUCGUAUUUGCGUCGAGCGUAGUGACGGUAUACCAGACGAUCGAGAAAAGAACACGAGAUUGAAUACGUAGGUACGGAGGCGAAGAUAUUCGCUGACGUCAUGUGGUAAUGUUUACUAUGGGUGCUAGUGUAGUGUUUGUUGUGGGACUUUUACUAUGUUUUUGCGAAGGUGCACCUCCAAAGAUAAUACGGGACUUGCCUGGGACCGAAUAUCUUUUGGUCAAUGCCGGUGAUAAUUUUGCCAUUACAUGUCAGGGAAAUGAGCCACUAGAAUGGAAUUAUACAAAAUUAAAGGGCGAAAAAGCUACAUGGACAACAUUUUUGCCUAAAAGUUCUGUCGUUCUGGAUAAUAAUGACUCCAUUUACUGGUCUGUGUUAGAAGUAACCAAUAUGUCCUAUCCAUUUGUAGGAUAUUACACUUGCCAAUAUAAAGACAUGCCGGAAGUCAUGGACCAAAUUUACGUUUAUGUUAAUGACUCCGAACAUCUUUCUGUAGAAGAACAUAAUGGAGAAACUCGGUACGCAACCCAGUUUAGUGAUAUUACCUUGCCAUGUAGACCUACCGCACCUGAUAUUGAUGUGGAACUUAUUAGUUUUGGAACUGAUGAUCAGAUAAGUUCAGUAUUUGACCCAAAGACUGGAUAUACGUUCAACGUCAGUGACCUAAGCUUACAAGAGACCUAUGUGUGUGAAUUUAGUCGUCCAAGAGAUAACAAAAAUUCCCAAAAUUUUUACGUUUUGAAAAUUGUUUCAUAUAGACCAUUCAUAAAUCGACCGUUUAUUGUUGACAAAUCCAGAAAUCAUACCGAAGUUGGUGAAAAUCUUAGCCUAACUUGUCAUCUUUACGAGGACAGUGCAAGAAUAAGGUUCGAAUGGAUUACUCCUAGAGGAAUCUUUUAUGUAGAUGAUCAUAACUCCAAUGGUGUUAUAGUUAGUAAAACCCUUAAAAUGAUCUCUAAUAAUCGAAAGGAAGAAUAUGUGUCAACUUUAACAGUAAAAGAUGUUAAACUGGAAGAUUCUGGAGUAUAUACUUGUAAAGUUUCUGAUUCUCAGAACCAUGAAGAAAGCUCCGAAUUGUAUGUUAUAAUACACGAUAAGAAUGCAUGUUCAAUUAAAAUAAAAAGACACGAAAAUGAACAUCAAAACUUACCUGCAGAUCUUGAAUUUGGACAAACAGCACUAUGGGUUCUUGAUGUUUUAGCUCAUCCCCUUCCCGAGCUUAUAUGGUUUGACCAGCAUGGACAUAUAAUCAAGAACAAUGAACAUUUCGAUUUAAAAUACGAAAAAGAUCAAGUUAUACUGAAAAUUGUAAAUGUUACUUUGGAAGAUGACGGAAUUUAUAAAUUACGUGGCAUAUCAAGUCGAGAAAAUUCUUCUAAGACGUGUCAUCAGAUCGACGAAAUUCCAUUAACAUUAAUUAUUUAUGAAAAGCCUUCUGUUUGCCUAAAUCAAAAAGGUCCUUGUAAAAGUACCCAUAAUAAGAUUCCAAUUAUAUAUGAGCUAAAUGAAAUAACGGAAGUUGAGUGCCGAGCAGUUGGAAAUCCAACACCCACUAUUACAUGGGAAGAAAAUAUAUGUAAUAAUGGAAAUUGCCAAUUUUUUCAUAUUCCUAGUCAGGGUGAAAAAAUUGCCAAAAUACACACAGUCCUAAGCAGAAUUAAAGUAAAUACUUCUAGAGAUGGAGUAUUAAAAUGCAUAGGGUCAAACAGUUUAGGAGAUGAUGAGUUGACAAUACCUUACUAUUUGUCAGAUAUCAAAAAUGGAUUUGACAUAUACGAUUUUGGUGAAGAUUCAAUUGUAACUAAACGAGGCACUAAAACCGAAGUUAUAAUAGCCAAAAAUAGUAGCAUAACUUUUACAUGCGGUGUCAGUCCUAAGGUCUCAGAUAAUGUACAAUUAUUUUUAAGGAAUAAAAAUAUUGAAAACGAUACACGCCACAUAAUAUAUACAGAAACAGGCAGCUAUUCAAAAAAAAUUUAUGUUACCCUUAAUAAUGCUGAACUGAGCGAUUCGGGUACUUAUAGUUGUAGAAUCAAGGAUAUGCGGGAUCAUUUGGACUCUUACCACAAUGUAACUUUUAUAGUUAAAGAACCUGAAGCACCCAAAAUCAUUGAAACAAAUCUAAAUGAAGAAGUUGUAAUAGACUAUCCUAAAAUGGAGCAUACAUUAUACUGCAAAGUCUUUGGUAUACCAAAACCAAAAGUUGUCUGGUAUAAGGAAGAUCAGGUAAUAGUGCCAUCUGAGAGAAUUCUGUUUGAAAAUGAUAACAUGUAUUUACAUUUUAAUGAGACGAAAGUGGCUGAUGAAGGAAAAUAUCGCUGUGAAGUAGUAAAUACCCAGGGAUUGGUUUCGCAACAAACAUUGUUAAAGUUUAAAGUUAAACCAAUUUCUGUAGUAAUAUAUUAUUAUAUAACUGGAGCAGUUGGAUUACUAUUACUCAUAGCGUUAGUAUAUAUCUUCAUAAAAAUACGCAAGGAACAGCAACUUCGUCGAGAACUAAAGAUCCUUGGGCUGGAAAAUUUCCAUAAUGGAAAUCCUGAAAAUCUUAACCCCGACUUGGGCAUAGACGAACAGGCUGAAUUACUUCCUUACAAUAAAAAGUUUGAGUUUCCCGCCGAGAAUUUAAGAAUAGGAAAACAACUUGGUUCUGGAGCUUUUGGAGUAGUCAUGAAGGCAGAAGCAAAACAAAUAAUCGAGGGAGAAGCAAGCACCGUGGUAGCUGUUAAAAUGGUUAAGAAAAAUGCCGAUCAUUCUUAUAUUAAGGCACUUGCGUCGGAGCUAAAGGUGAUGGUACAUUUAGGAAGACAUAUUAAUGUCGUUAAUUUACUUGGAGCAUGCACGAAAAACGUUGCCAAAAGAGAGCUGCUUGUUAUCGUUGAAUUUUGCCGUUUUGGAAAUUUACAAAAUUUUCUAUACAAACAUCGAGAGAGUUUUAUAAAUCAAGUCGACCCUAUUACGGGAAAUAUAAACUACGACAUUGGAGCUGAUAUUUUGGAAAGGUCAAAUUCGAAUUCUAGCGAAAAUCGCUUUUCGCGAUCGACUUCAGCAUAUAGAAGUAGAAGGUCGACAGCGACCUCAACUACACGUCUUACUUCAGUAGGUGAUGACAGCGUUAUACUUAGCAACAAUAGUGUUGAACCCGAAUGGAGACUAAACUACAAAGGCGACUACAAGGAUCAUGUUAAACCCAUAUCCACAAAAGAUCUUGUAGCUUGGUCAUUUCAAGUUGCAAGAGGAAUGGAAUACUUAGCAUCAAGAAAAGUACUUCAUGGAGAUCUUGCAGCCAGAAAUAUUUUGCUAGCUGAUAAUAAUAUUGUAAAAAUUUGUGACUUUGGUUUAGCAAAAACGAUGUAUAAUGAUAACAACUAUAAGAAAAAAGGAAAUAAUCCUUUACCAGUGAAAUGGAUGGCAAUAGAAUCCAUAAGGGAUCGUGUUUUUUCGACACAGUCUGAUAUAUGGUCUUUUGGCGUGGUGUUGUGGGAAUUUUUUUCUUUAGCUAGAACACCAUAUCCAGGUAUGCAAGCAGAUGAACGACUAUACUAUAAAUUAGUUGAAGGAUACAGAAUGGAAGCUCCAGCAUAUGCUCCAAUGGCAAUGUACAAAGUGAUGCUUGAUUGUUGGAAUACCAAGCCUUUAGCUCGACCAUCAUUUACGAAGCUAGCUGAAGUUAUUGGAGUUCAUUUGGAAGAUACUGUUCGCAAACAUUACGUAGAGAUAAAUGAUCCAUACCUUCAAAUGAAUAUUGAAAAAGCGGAUGAAGAUUACUUGGGCAUGUUAAAUCCACCCACAUUUGAAAAUCUUUCAACUCCUGGCCCACGUUAUGCUAAUGCAGAUGUUUUUAUGGAGAAUCAAGACAACAGCUUUAAAUCAUCAAAGGCUCCUGAAGGGUACCGUUCUAUGGAGCCAGAUAAAACGAGAAAUAUUUUUAAUCCGGUUAUUUGCGAUAAUGAUGUAUUUAGUUUCCAAAAAGAAAGGACCAGUGAUCAUACUUUAGGUUUACAUGAACUAAGACCAAUGUUAUAUUCGCACAACGAAGGCGAAGAAUGUGAGAAUGGAUAUUUAGUGCCAAACAUUCCAGUAGAUAGUAUAUCAAAUCCAAGUUAUAUCUACAUGUCGUCGAACGAGUCUUUGAAACCAAAGAGUACUGAAGGCAGUCCAGAUCGGCAGCCUAGAAAUAAUUUUAAUAACAAGCCAUCAGGCAAUAAUAAUUUUGUACAUAGUAAUUUUAAAGAGGCAGGCAAAUAUCCUGCUGAUAUGGAUCUACAAGGCAAACACCAAUAUGUAAAUGGUGAUGACGGUAUGUGGGACUCCAUUGAAGUCUGAAGAAAUUUGUUUGAUCUUCAAAUUGAAUUGUGAUAAGAAUUUAGUAAUUUAGUAUAUUUAUUAUUAAGAUCUUUUUUGUAGCUCUCUUGUAGAUAGUAGCUGAUUUUAUCGUGUUUCUUAUUAUUAUUUAUCGAGUUUUAAGUUUUAUAAUUUAUUGUUUUAUAUUUUAAAUAUAAAUCGUAAUAUAAAUUAUUUAAGUAACUUAAUAA